AGGGCUACGUGGCCAUGCUCAGGGCUCUGAGGGGAGCUGCCAGCUUUGGGGGCUUCCCUGGGUCACGUUUUCCUCUGCGGCUGUUCUUCACCUGUCUGUGAUUUGUUUUUGCAGAGCUGAUCGAGGGGAAUGUCGUACUGUCUCCACUCAGAAAGCCAUUUGGAUACUGGGCCAAUAUACGUGCGUGAAAAUGGGAAGCUGCACAUGGUAAAGCAGGGUGCAGGCGGCCUACAGCAUGUCACUCCCAAAGCAAGACCUUUUAGUCUGUUUUCCAGAAGUUUCUCAGUGGAGCUUUGCAUGAACAGGGAGGAUGAUAGGGCAAGGAGGCAGAGGACUGAUCAUUUCAUCUUCACAUACACUAAGGAGGGGAACCUCCGCUACUCGGCCAAGUCCCUCUUCAGCCUAGUGCUGGGUUACAUUUCUGACAAUGUUGAUCACAUUGACUCGUUGAUUGGUUUCCCAGAGCAGAUUGCUGAAAAGCUCUUUUCAGCAGCAGAAGCAAGACAAAAGUUCACAGAGCCAGUGACAGGACUGAGAGCUCUGCAGAAGUUCACUGAAGCCUAUGGCAGUUUGGUGCUGUGCUCACUGUGCUUGCGGAACAGAUACCUGGUUAUCUCUGAAAAGCUUGAAGAAAUUAAGUCUUUCCGAGAGCUGACGUGUUUGGAUCUCUCCUGCUGUAAACUUGGAGAUGAACAUGAGCUGCUGGAACACCUCACCAAAGAGGCCCUGUCUAGUGUGAAAAGGCUUCUCCUGAAGGACAACUCCCUGUCAGAUGUUGGCCUGCGCAGGAUGACAGCGCCUGUCCGUGUGCUGAAAAAGGGCCUUGAGAAUCUGCUGGUGCUGGACUUGUCCUGUAACCCUAAAAUCACAGAUGUGGGAAUUGGAUACCUUCUUUCUUUCAAGAAAUUGAAUUGUUUGGACAUUUCUGGGACAGGUCUCAAGGAUGUUGAUGCUGUCAUAAAGCGGCUCCAAAUGCAGAUAGGCCUGGUUCACUCAGAAGUGCCUCUGAAAGAAUUUGAUCACAGUAACUGCAAAACAGAGGGAUGGGCAGAACAGACAGUUCUGCAGUGGGAACAGGCAGUUAUGGAAGCCAGGAAGCCCCAGGACAACUUGAAAUCCAGAGUAACAGCUCUUCACUUCUAUGGCAAGACACGCAGAAUAGAGGAAGUAGUCAAAUGCACUCUGGUAGAGCCAGAAACUAAAGCAUCUGGAAACUUGCAGUUUUAUAAGGAAAACAUUCAAAAUUGUCAUUUACCUUUGAAAAAGGAGGUUGCAAUCAGCCAAGAAUUAAAGAACAAUAAAAAAAGAGCUUUGGCUGAACAAGAGAGAGAAAGGACUUCCAAACAGAAGCAACUGUGCCUCACUGUGGAGGACUGGGAUUUGUUAAAUACCUACUGAGUCAGAAAGAAGUGGGUCUUUUGUUUGUUGUUCUCUUGCUGAUGACAGGAUUUGGACAUACUGAGAGGGAGUGACAAAGGAGAAAAGUUCUGUUAAAUCUGUUUGCUGUGACAUGCCUGUGGGGUAACCUGUGCUGGGGGAGGGAUAGAGACAAGAAGGUUGGUAAUGCUACUGUAUAUUU